AUGGCAACGCAAGAGACAAGAGUGGUCUCUAUUGAGCGCUUGCAACAGGGUCCUGGACCCCGGACGCUGGCAGAGUGGUGGGCGGAUGAGGCGAAGCCGCAGACUCCCGAAGCCAAGGUCAUCGAGGAAGCGGCACAGCUCCUCCGCACCAGUGAUAUCCCCGUCGCUUUCCCUACCGAAACAGUGUAUGGGUUGGGAGCGGACGCAACACGAAGCGCUGCGGUCCAGGGCAUCUAUCGUGCCAAGCAAAGGCCUUCAGAUAAUCCUCUCAUCGUCCAUGUCGACUCCCUUGACAUGUUGACUCGAUUGCUGAAUCCAUCCUCCCCUACCCCCAGCAGCCCUUCUUCGACCAAGACGCCGCGCAUCCAGAUUCCAGAGAUCUACCACCCGCUUGUGGAACGCUUCUGGCCCGGCCCAUUGACCAUCAUCCUCCCCAAUCCGUCAGGGUCGGAGCUUGCCCCCGAAGUCACGUCCAGUCUGACCACAUUCGGAGUGCGGAUGCCGAAAUCCCCACUGGCACGCCUACUCAUCCACGUCGCCGACCGCCCUUUGGCUGCCCCCUCCGCCAACGCCUCCACGAAACCUUCUCCAACCACCGCGCAGCACGUCUACCAUGAUCUGCAUGGACGCAUCGAUCUCAUUCUGGACGGUGGUCCCUCGGGAGUAGGUGUAGAGAGUACUGUUGUCGACGGCCUUUGCCAUCCACCUGCCAUCCUGCGCCCUGGCGGCAUCGGGUUGGAAGAGCUUCGCAGCUGUCCUGGCUGGGAAAACGUUACCCUUGGCUAUCACGACGGUACGCUUGAUGCCAAAGAGAUUCCGCGCGCCCCGGGCAUGAAGUACCGUCAUUACUCCCCCAAGGCACGAGUUGUCCUCUUCGAAUCGGGCUCCUCCGUUGCGGGUGUGGCACGCCGCGUACGGAAAGAUCUCUCCGACAGUGCAAUUGGCGCCCAUAGCAUCGGGAUCGUCCGCACGCGCAUGUGGCCCCAGGGAUUGAAUUUGUUGCCAACCGAUGAUCUGGCAUCUUCUCUGCGUCCUGUUCCCUCCGCCAUCGAGCAUCUGCAGAGCUUCCCCGUCCCAGGCCAGGAGAUGGGCAGCCCGAGUAGUCGCACGAAGCUUGCAUAUGACUACCACUUGGGGUCGGAUACGCAAUCCAUUGCGCAUGGCCUGUUCGCAGCAUUGCGGGCAUUGGAUGAAUUGGAAACGGAUGUCAUUUACGUAGAGGGCAUCGCGGAUGCGGACGGUGACUUGGCAGCUGCCGUGAUGAACCGGUUACGCAAAGCGGCCGGGGCAGAGCUGAAGGCAUAG